AUGUCGGUAGCAAUAAAUGAAGAAGAAAACGAUUACUGGGUAAUUGUUCCCUCCAUUGCAGAUGAUCUCGAUACAGCACAGUCAAGUGAUGCAAAAGCACGCUCUAUUCCAUCUGGAAAAGAUGUGAACGCGACAGAGACACAGCUCGCAAUUAGUGGUGAGAUCGAAUUGGAGCUAGAGGACAGCAUGAAUGACGAGUACAUGUUCAUAGUCAUAGACGACUACGCACUAGGAUGUCAGGUGGCCCUGAGUGUGCGAGCAGGCAACUUCCUGCACAAAGCCUCUGUGAUAAGUGGUGGAUGUUGCCUAUUAACUGGACUUGUGGGAUCGAUAUGGGGCGGGAGGCUUAUAAGUCCGUCAAACACACUUACACUAGUUGCGUGUUUGCCAUUGGGUGUCUCGAGUGCGGUAUGUGCGCUCAUUUACGAGUUGUCCUGGGCUCAUGAUCCUGUGUGCCACUACCAAGUCGUGCCUACGGAGGACUAUCUGACUGAUAUUCCUAUGCUAGAGCAGUUGCAACCGGAUUCUUUGCCGCGUCAGGUGAUUCUACGACGUCGAAAUGAUAAGAUUAGAAGGAGAUUGCAUACGUCUAUGGCCACCGGUGCUGCACUGUUUUGUGCUUCAAAGUUAUAUCAAUGGACAAGAUAG